AUGCUUGUCGGCAUAUCCGCAACGUAUGGCAGCCCAUGGGAAGUCUUGCUCCAGCACUUCGAAGGCCACGGAUUCCGCAGGCUUCGCGUGGAGGACUUCGAUGGGUCGUGGGACAAGCUUGAAGAGCACGCUACGCGGAACUACGAGGCGGCGCAUGUGAUUGCAGAUGUGAACGCUCCCGGCGUGCUUGAGCGGCUCGAGAAGCGCCCGUUCUUCGUGCACGUAUCUGUAGAUGCCCCGAUAGACGUCCGGCUGGCGGGCAGCGGGGACGCGGAUCACGUGACGUUCAUGGAGCGUGCAGCACUGCACGACAGCGAAGCGGUGGUGCGCGCGACGCGGCGGGCGGCCGUGCAGCUGUAUGUGGGGCCCGGGGGCGGGCUGCGGGGGCGCCUGGCGGAGGCGCUGGACGAGUUGCUGGGCGGACCCUUAGCGGCGAGCCCACUGCGGCCGGCGUGGGAUGUGUACUUUAUGCAGCUGGCGCGGCUCGCGGCCUCCCGUUCCAACUGCAUGAAGCGGCGUGUCGGGUGCGUGAUUGUGCGCGCCUGCCGCGUCAUUGCCACCGGGUAUAAUGGGACGCCGCGCCACUUGCGCAAUUGCCACGACGGCGGGUGCGCGCGCUGCAACGGCGGCGGCAGUGCGCUGCACACCUGUCUCUGCUUACACGCGGAGGAGAAUGCGUUACUGGAGGCCGGGCGGGAGCGCGUGGGCGAGGGCGCGGUGCUGUACUGCGACACCUGUCCGUGUUUGACAUGUUCGGUGAAGAUCGUGCAGACGGGGAUCACGGAGGUGGUUUACUCGCAGACCUACCGGAUGGACAGCGACAGCUUCAAGGUACUGCGGGCGGGCGGCGUCAAGGUCCGGCAGCUACAGGACGCGGUUCCGCCGCACUUUUUAGUUAUAUAG